AUGGCCAACCACAUCAACCAAAGUGCUAAUGGUGCUUCGUAUACAACUCUAGCAGAGAUCAAGAAGACGAACAACUUCACUUCACAUCUACCUCCUGACCCUGCCUUUCCUACUCCACUCGACGCGCAGAAUGCUCCUCGAAAGAAACUCUUCCCUCGCAUGGUGCGAAACGCAUUGUAUACAUACGUCCCUCCAGUACCUUCCGAAGACCCAGAAUUGUUGGGCGUAAGCCGAGCAGCCCUUCGAGACAUUGGACUGAAAGAAGAAGAGGCCAACUCAGAAGAAUUAAAACAGGUCGUCGCUGGAAACAAAUUCUAUUGGGAGGCGGACGGUGAAGAGAACAAACAAGGCAAGGGUGUAUACCCAUGGGCACAGUGCUAUGGCGGAUUCCAAUUUGGUAGCUGGGCUGGUCAGCUAGGAGAUGGAAGAGCGAUCUCGUUGUUUGAGUCAACAAAUCCCUCAACGGGAGUAAGAUACGAGUUGCAGCUGAAGGGCGCGGGUAAGACACCAUAUUCACGUUUUGCAGAUGGUCGGGCUGUACUGCGAUCCAGCAUCAGAGAAUUUGUCGUCUCCGAGUACUUGAACGCUCUGGGCAUCCCGACAACUCGCGCUCUUUCUCUUACCCUGCUGCCGAAACUCGAUGUCGUCCGUGAAAGGCUGGAACCAGGUGCUAUUGUCUGCCGCUUUGCGCAGUCGUGGCUUAGAAUCGGCUCGUUUGAUCUGUUGCGAAGUCGAGGCGAUAGAGAGAACAUCCGCAAGCUUGCUACUUACAUUGCAGAGGAAGUCUUUGGUGGCUGGGAUAAGCUUCCAGCUCGACUCGACAAUGUUGACGACGAAAACAAGCCCAAGGACGACACUCAUCUAGACCCAUCAAGAGGUGUAUCAAAGGACGACUUGCAAGGUCCGGAAAGUCAUGAGCAGAAUCGAUUUGCAAGAUUAUAUCGAGAAAUCGUCAGACGAAACGCUAAGACAGUUGCAGCAUGGCAAGCUUACGGUUUUAUGAACGGUGUACUGAACACUGACAACACUUCAAUCUUUGGCUUAAGUUUAGACUUUGGACCUUUCGCUUUCAUGGACAACUUCGACCCAUCCCACACUCCUAACCAUGACGAUAUGAUGUUGCGAUACGCUUACCGUGCUCAGCCAACCAUUAUUUGGUGGAACCUGGUUCGACUAGGCGAAUCACUGGGUGAGCUCAUUGGCGCUGGUGAACGUGUAGACCAGGAGACCUUUGUCGAGAAAGGCGUGGAAGAGGACUUUGCACCUGUGCUCAUCAAACGUGCGGAGAAUAUCAUUGAUGCCACGGGUGAGGAAUACAAGGCGUUGUUCUUGUCCGAAUAUCGACGACUCAUGACGAAACGACUGGGUCUGAAGACACAAAAGCAAUCAGACUUUGACAACCUCUUUUCGAAUCUGCUUGAUACGAUGGAGGCACUCGAACUGGACUUCAACCACUUCUUCAGACGCCUGUCAAGCGUGAAAGUUGCCGACAUCGCAACAGAGGAAGCACGUCAAGAAAAAGCCAAAAUCUUUGCACAUAGUGAAGGCACAACUGGAUUGAACGAGACUGAGCAAUCAUUGAAAGAGAAGGUGGGCGCAUGGCUCGAAAGCUGGCGCGAGAGAGUCAUUGAAGACUGGGGCGAAGACGCCUCUGCUGACGAGGAGCGAGAGAAGGCUAUGAAGAGCGUCAAUCCCAACUUUGUGCCUCGUGGAUGGCUACUUGACGAAGUGAUCCAGAAGGUCGAGAAGCAGAAGGACCGAAAAGUGCUGGGAGCAGUCAUGGAGAUGGCUCUGAAUCCAUUCAUUGAUUCAUGGAAGAUGGACGAGGUGCUUGAGAAGAGAUAUGUCGGCGAUGUGCCAAGAUUGAAGAGGAGCGUACAAUGCAGUUGUUCGUCGUAG